AUGCUGCCUUGUCAAGGAAUAGCUACUGCAACCGCAAAUUCUCAGCUAUUUGGAUUCCCUGCCGCAAGCCGCUAUGGAUAUCCUGCAAGAUCAUCGGUUUCUCCUAAACAAGCGUUUCUUAAACUGCGGGCACCGGCACUUCGUUGUGACAAGAAAAUCCCCCCUUUGAGAGCUUGUUUUGAUUUUUCCGCUCGUGCCGUAUCGUCAUCCCUUGCAAAGUGUGAUUCUGUAACGGGCAACAACCCCUUCAAGCCAUUGCCAUCAAUCCGCAGCUUGCACCCAAGAUCUCAAGUUAGUUGUCAGGCAUCUUUAGCGUCUUUCAGCUACCCUGAGCUAUCUUCUAAACCCAAAUGGUGGUGGAGGACCCUGGCAUGUGUACCUUAUCUUCUGCCGCUGCACAACAUGUGGUCGCACGCAGAUGCUGUGUACCAGCUCCAUCCAUACUUGCAACAGUUUGGGCUGUUUUAUGCCUUCAUUGAUACAAUGGCACUAGUCCCUGGAUGGCUAUUCCUGAUGAUCUUCAUGACUGUCUACUUCUUUGUGGUGAGACGGAAGUGGUCGCCGCACUUUUUGCGCUAUCACAUCAUAUUGGCCAUUCUUCUUGACACGGGCUCCCAGGCUCUGGCGACCAUGUGCAACUGGAAUCCAAGCAUCGUCUUUCAGGGUAAACCAAUGGCGUAUUUCUGGAUGACACUGGCCUUCAUUCAGAUCUUCACAGUUGUCGAGUGUAUGAGGUGUGCCCUUUCAGGAAUGUAUCCUAACGUUCCAUUCAUAUCCCACACAGCGUUCAUCCAUUCUGAUUUGAACCUGUUCAGGUAA